CUAACACUUUUACACACUGAACUGGUCCUGAAAACUGAGAUGCCUUCUUUGUAAGUGAAGAAUAUACAAGAUAAUCUCGAAGAACUGCACGUGGUGCAAGCCAGAGUCAUAUUGUGUGUAUAACAGACUCAGAAACAGGCAAGUUAAUCUCAUUAAAAGGAAUUUUCAUUUUUUGUUUCUAUUUGCCAGUGUUAGUCAGUGUUUUGCUGGCUUUAACUGUUACCUUUUUCUGGCUGCUGCUUCUGUUCUAUUCUAAUGGGUCCCUCUCCUGACCGCUUAACAGAAUCAGAAAGUGAGGAAGAAGAAUAUGCUAACUACCUAAUUGAGAGUUUGGGGGAAGAGUGGGAUUCCUCUGAAGAAGAGGAUCCUGUGGUGCCCAACCUAACACCUCUUGAGAGUCUUGCCUGUCAGGUUAAGUGCCUUUUAAAAUAUUCAACUACUUGGAAACCUUUAAAUCCUAAUUCCUGGUUAUAUCAUGCUAAACUCUUAGAUCCAAGCACACCAGUCCAUAUACUUCGAGAGAUAGGUCUAAGACUCUCCCAUUGCUCCCAUUGUGUACCCAAACUGGAACCCAUUCCUGAAUGGCCACCUCUGGCUUCUUGUGGAGUGCCACCUUUUCAAAAGCCCCUGACAAGUCCCAGCCGGCUUUCUAGAGACCACGCCACUCUAAAUGGAGCACUGCAAUUUGCCACCAAACAGUUAAGCCGAACCUUGAGUAGAGCCACUCCUAUACCUGAAUACCUAAAACAGAUUCCUAAUUCAUGUGUUUCUGGUUGUUGCUGUGGCUGGUUAACUAAAACAGUUAAGGAAACAACCCGCACUGAACCUAUCAACACCACUUACUCUUACACUGACUUCCAAAAGGCAGUUAACAAACUCCUAACUGCAUCACUAUAAAGACCCACCAUUUGUUCUGAUAUCUCUUAUCUCUCAUGUUUCUAAUUGAGAAAGGAGUACAAAGUUACACAGCCCAGACCUAAGAAAAAAAAAUGCCUCCUCAACCAAACUGCCCUGUCCUGACAAGCCGAAGUACUACCAAGUACAGAAUAUUUAUUCAAGAGGCCCAUAACUCAGCUACAGAAAAUGUACAUAGUGAGCAUUCUCUUUGACAAACCCUAUGGAUAAAAUGUGAACUUCAUUAGAGAAUUAGUCAAAAGGGACCAUGUUGCAAGAGAAACUGACUAUUCUCCACAUUCAGUUCUCCCCCUAUUUACUCUGCCUAUCUGAAUGGACUCUAACUAGAUACCUUAUUAAUGGGAAGGAAAAGGUAGGCUACUACCCCUUUUGUUGUCCAACCUUCACAAGUCACUGUGAAAAAUGGGAAGUUAGCAACUACCAGUUAAACCUCUCUGAGCAUACACUUCUCUGAUAUUCAUUAAAUUAAAUAAAUAGAUAAAAGAAAAUGGUGGGUAUGAAUUAUCCCCCAGCUUUUAUAUGAAUAGUUCUACAUAUGGCACUAAACAGAUACCUGUUCUAUAGGGAAUGUAUUUCCUGCAUCUUGGCACCCAGACUUUAGUUAAGAGGAAAUAAAACAUUCCAAAAGACCAAAGGGAAAGGAUUAUUAAGAGAGCCUUUAUGUUUUCUAUACUAACUGCUGGUAGAUUAAAAUAUUUCAGUUUGUAUGUUUCCUGGAGCAGCACUGAAUGCACUUUCCCAUCCAUUGCAAAGUUUCCAGGAUCGCUUCUAACUUUAAAGAACCUUACUACAGAAAAUGUCAGCCUAAUACAACCUGAAGUUAGAAUUUUUUAGUAUCAUUGUUUUUCUACAUAGAUUAGUUUUAGAUCUGAACUAGCAAGUGUAGGUACUCUUGUAAAUGAGUCUUGCAGUGUUUAUUUAGAUGAGUCAAAAUGUAGAAGUCACCACAAAUAAAAUGCGUGAGACUGUUAGAUCUUUUCACACACAUAUAAUAAAGAGUGAAACCUGUGUAUGAUCCUGGUUGACUGGGCAUCUAAAGGAUUCAGAAAAUAGAUUGUUAAAGAUAUAUAUCCCCACUUAUUUCAGUUUUGCUUUUACCUAUUCUCCAUAACUAAGUGCUGUCUACAAUGUGGCAUCAAAUAAAGCAUUAAUGGAAUCACAAAGUCUAUAAAUGUGUAGCAACUUUAGGAGAGAGAAAAAUGUUUAUAACCUAAUGAGUAUUUCUCCUGAGCCUUAGUUGUCUUAAGGAAAAAAAGGAGGCAUUGUAAUAGGUAGAAAGAAAUAUUUGUUAGUGGAAAAUUACUGAACUGAAACCGUAUCAUACUGUUAGUGUAACUGAAUGUAUCAGAAACUGUUCCUAUGUAGAUGUUUUCUGUGAAACUGGUUUUUAAAAUGUUACAGCCUGUUUUUUAAGGGGAAGUGGGAAAAAUAGGUCUAAAAAUUAAAAUAUGUUGAUGUUUAUGUAACCAUAAUAUGUUCCUUUCUGUGUGUGUGUGUGUGUGUGCGCGCGCACACGUGCGUGCAUGCGUGCGUGUACGUGUAUGUAUAAAAAUGCCUUGCUCAUAAACACAUUUUUGCUAUUCACUCCUAAAGGAAGCCUUUCCCCAGCUUUGCGGCUGAAUAAACCAAUAGCUUUGUACAUGCUGAACAGAGUAUGGUCAUUUAUUCUCAACAAAUGAAAUAGAUCCUACUUUCCUCAAGGCAUAUUCAGUAUUCACUAAGUGCUGAAUAAAGUCAGUAGAUAUAGUACCUGUAUCUGUACAGUGUCUAUGAUAGGAGGUGACUUGGCAACUCUAGAAAAGAAGCAUACUUGAAGAAGAUAAGGUGAGAUGUCAAGACCCAGACUUGAACCCAUUUGUUUACAUAUUAAGUAAUUCUGGGUUACACAAAAGAAUGAACACCUGAAUAAGCCUUAAACUUUUACUUCUUUUUGUGUGCCAUGGAUGUGGGGUUAGGGGUGAAUUUACCACUUUCAUACCCUAUGGGGGCCUUUGGUUAAAUGUCACCAUAAUUAGGAUGAAGAAGAGCACAUUUAUUCUCUAUAGAAAUAUUUAUCAAAGGACUAAGGAAACAGGAUUUCUAAACUAAGGGACAUUAAUGUUAUUUAAAGGUAUUCUCUCACACAGACAGGCAGCCUCUUUUUGUUGACGCUGUCCAAAUACCUUGAGCCCAGAAGAACACAGUCAUGUAUUUUAAACCCAUCAGCUUCCUAAGAAAGAAAAAAAAUCAAUGAAUUGCAGGAAGACAGAUGUUAGAUCAGAUUUAGGGGAUUAUACUUCGGAGCUCCUAUCACAACUGUCCACCUAAAAUAAUUGCUCUCAUGAAAACAGUGUAUUGAUAUUAGAGCAGAAUGUUAGAGCAAUUUACGG